CCCUUUCCCUCCCCGCCUCUCGCUGCCCUCCGCCCGCCGGCGCUCCCGGCCCCGCGCCCGCACUCCUCACUCCGCCGCGCCGCGGGAGAGGAUUGCACCCGGCUCGUUCUCACGAGAAGCAAGAACCAAAGCGACGCCCGCGUUGUCUCCAGCGCCCGCGGCUCGGGGCUGCCCCGGUUGUCCGCCCGCACUUGGGCCGGGGGGCGGAGGAGCCGCGCCGCCGCCUGCCGGGGGCUGCCAGGGGCGGGCAAGAGGAGCGGGCGGCGGCGAAGGAGGGCAGGAGCCGGAGCAGGGGGCGCUGGAUGCCGGCGCCUCGGACGCUCUCGCCCUCUGCCCGGCUGCGGACCGCGAGGGAGCGCCGCGCGGGAGGAGCCGCCGCCGCCGCAGCGCCCCGGAGCCUCCGCUCUUCGCUGCUGCCGCCGCUGCUCGGCGGGGAUUAAAGUGGCCGCCCCGGAGACCGCGACGAGGGAAAGCGCCGGCGGCUGCUGCUGGGACCGGGGGCAGCCAGCAUGGCCAGGCUCUGAAAACACUUCAUCUGAAAUUUCAGACUGGACAGGCUUGCAGUGGCUCCUAAGCCAGUGAGAACGAGGCUGCCAAAGCAUGCUGGUGCCAAGCUGUCGGAUGAUGCACGUAGCCAGGCCAGUGGUGGUGCUCCUGUGCUUUCUACUGUACGCUGAUGCUGAAACACCGCCAAAGUUUACAAGAACUCCCGUUGACCAGACAGGGGUCUCCGGAGGAGUCGCGUCAUUCAUCUGCCAAGCUACAGGAGACCCAAGACCUAAAAUUGUCUGGAACAAAAAGGGAAAGAAAGUCAGCAACCAGAGAUUUGAGGUAAUAGAAUUUGAUGAUGGAUCCGGAUCAGUUCUCAGAAUACAGCCUCUGCGGACUCCACGAGAUGAAGCUAUUUAUGAAUGUGUUGCUUCCAAUAGCGUUGGAGAAAUAAGUGUGUCCACUAGACUCACUGUUUUACGUGAGGAUCAAAUUCCUCGAGGUUUUCCUACCAUUGACAUGGGUCCACAAUUGAAGGUGGUCGAACGUACUCGUACAGCCACAAUGUUAUGUGCAGCCAGCGGCAAUCCUGAUCCUGAAAUAACUUGGUUCAAAGAUUUCUUACCUGUGGACACAAGCAAUAACAAUGGACGCAUCAAACAGUUACGAUCAGGUGCCCUCCAAAUCGAACUGAGUGAAGAAUCUGACCAAGGCAAAUAUGAGUGUGUUGCAACCAACAGUGCGGGUACACGCUAUUCCGCCCCUGCCAAUCUAUAUGUCAGAGUUCGACGGGUCCCACCAAGGUUCUCUAUCCCACCUACCAAUCAUGAAAUCAUGCCAGGAGGGAGUGUUAACAUCACUUGUGUUGCUGUGGGGUCACCAAUGCCAUAUGUGAAAUGGAUGUUGGGGGCUGAAGAUUUGACCCCUGAAGAUGAUAUGCCAAUUGGAAGAAAUGUUCUUGAACUUAAUGAUGUCAGGCAAUCUGCAAAUUACACUUGUGUUGCUAUGUCCACCCUUGGCGUUAUAGAAGCAAUAGCACAGAUAACUGUUAAAGCCUUACCCAAACCUCCAGGAACCCCUGUGGUGACAGAAAGCACAGCAACAAGCAUAACAUUGACUUGGGAUUCUGGAAACCCUGAGCCAGUCUCUUACUAUAUAAUCCAACAUAAACCUAAAAACUCUGAGGAGCCAUAUAAAGAAAUUGAUGGGGUGGCUACAACACGCUACAGUGUUGCAGGCCUAAGCCCAUAUUCAGAGUAUGAAUUCCGGGUAGUUGCUGUAAAUAAUAUUGGACGGGGCCCACCCAGUGACCCAGUGUCAACAAGGACCUCAGAACAAGCACCAUCUAGUGCACCUCGCAAUGUACAGGCUCGUAUGCUGAGCUCAACCACAAUUUUGGUACAGUGGGAAGAACCUGAGGAACCCAAUGGUCAAAUACAAGGUUACAGAGUAUAUUACACCAUGGACCCCACUCAGCAUGUUAACAGUUGGAUGAAACACAAUGUGGCUGACAGCCAUAUUACCACUAUUGGAAAUUUAGUACCACAGAAGACAUACUCUGUGAAGGUUCUUGCUUUUACCUCUGUUGGGGAUGGACCACUUUCUAGUGAAAUUCAAGUCAUUACUCAAACAGGAGUACCAGGCCAGCCAUUGAACUUCAAAGCGGAACCUGAAUCUGAAACAAGCAUAUUGCUGUCCUGGACCCCUCCACGCUCUGACACAAUUGCCAACUAUGAACUGGUUUACAAAGAUGGAGAGCAUGCAGAAGAGCAACGUGUUUCUAUUGAGCCAACUACAUCUUAUCGCCUGCAAGGCCUGAGGCCAAACAGCUUGUAUUACUUCCGUCUGGCUGCCCGCUCUCCACAAGGCUUGGGUGCUUCGACUGCAGAAAUCUCAGCCAGAACCAUGCAGUCAAAGCCAUCAGCUCCUCCUCAAGACAUUAGUUGCAUGAGCCCCAGCUCCACUAGCAUUUUGGUAAGUUGGAAACCUCCGCCAGUCGAAAAGCAGAACGGCAUUAUCACGGAAUACUCCAUCAAGUACAUUGGGAUUGAUGGGGAAGAUGACAAACCUCAUGAAAUUUUGGGAAUUUCUUCGGACACUACCCACUACCUUUUGGAACAGUUGGAAAAAUGGACUGAAUAUCGGAUCUCUGUGACUGCCUACACUGAUGUCGGACCUGGCCCAGAGAGCCUAGCAGUAUUGAUUCGCACAGAUGAAGAUGUUCCUAGUGGUCCUCCUCGCAAAGUCGAGGUAGAGGCUGUCAACUCUACAGCUGUUAAAGUGUCAUGGCGCUCACCUGUACCCAAUAAGCAGCAUGGUCAGAUCCGAGGCUACCAGGUGCAUUUUGUGAGGAUGGAAAAUGGAGAGCCUAAGGGCCAACCCAUGCUGAAGGAUGUCAUGCUGGCUGAUGCACAGUGGGAAUAUGAUGAUACUACUGAACAUGAAAUGUUCAUUUCUGGACUUCAGCCUGAAACAACAUACUCCCUUACUGUGACAGCCUACACAACAAAAGGAGAUGGAGCACGCAGCAAGCCUAAACUGGUGUCUACUACUGGGGCAGUUCCAGGCAAACCUCGGCUUGUGAUUAGCCACACACAGAUGAACACGGCUCUUAUUCAGUGGCACCCUCCUGUCGAUACCUUUGGCCCCCUGCAGGGUUUCCGCCUGAAGUUUGGCCGCAAAGAUAUGGAUACAUUUACAACACUGGAAUUCUCAGAGAAAGAAGACCACUUCACAGCUACAGACAUCCAUAAAGGAGCAUCUUAUGUCUUCAGGCUUUCAGCUAAAAAUAAAGUGGGCUUUGGGGAGGAGAUGGUAAAAGAGAUUUAUGUUCCAGAAGAGGUACCUAGUGGAUUCCCUCAAAACCUCCAUUCGGAAAGCUCCACCUCUACAUCAGUUCAAUUAACUUGGCAACCACCGAUCUUAGCUGAGCGAAAUGGCGUUAUCACCAAAUACACCCUGCUGUACAGAGAUAUCAAUGUUGCACACCACCCAGUUGAGUUCCCCAUUGUUCCUGCUGAUACCACUAUGACACUUUCUGGCUUAAAACCAGAUACCACCUAUGAUGUAAAAGUACGUGCCCACACAAGCAAAGGGCCUGGUCCAUAUAGUCCAAGUGUCCAGUUCAGGACACUACCCGUGGAUCAAGCAGUGUUUGCAAAAAAUUUUCAUGUAAAAGCAGUAAUGAAGACUUCAGUAUUGCUUUCCUGGGAGAUUCCAGAGAAUUACAAUUCUGCCAUGCCUUUCAAAAUCCUUUAUGAUGAUGGAAAAAUGGUGGUUGAAGUGGAUGGACGAGCCACUCAGAAACUUAUCAUUAACUUGAAGCCAGAGACAUCGUAUUCGUUUGUGCUGACAAAUAGGGGGAAUAGUGCUGGAGGUCUUCAGCACAGGGUAACAGCAAAGACUGCACCAGAUGUCCUGCGCACUAAGCCAGUCUUCAUUGGAAAAACCAACUUAGAUGGAAUGAUAACUGUUGAAUUGCCAGAAGUACCUGCAAAUGAGAAUAUAAAAGGUUAUUACAUAGUAAUUGUGCCUUUGAAGAAGUCUCGUGGAAAGUUUAUCAAACCAUGGGAAAGUCCAGAUGAAAUGGAAUUAGAUGAGCUACUGAAGGAGAUAGCUAGGAAACGCAGAAGCAUUCGUUUUGGGAGAGAAGUUGAAUUAAAGCCAUAUAUCGCAGCUCAUUUUGAAGUUCUUCCUACCGAGUUCACUUUGGGGGAUAAGAAGCAGUAUGGUGGUUUUGAGAACAAGCAACUCCAAAGUGGUCAAGAAUAUGUUUUUUUUGUUUUGGCUGUAAUGGAGCACUCAGAAUCUACCAUGUAUGCAACCAGCCCAUAUUCUGAUCCAGUUGUGUCAAUGGAUCUCGAUCCCCAGCCAAUUACAGAUGAAGAAGAAGGCUUGAUUUGGGUUGUAGGACCAGUUCUUGCAGUAGUGUUUAUCAUCUGCAUUGUCAUAGCUAUACUCCUUUAUAAAAGGAAGAGGGCUGAAUCUGAUUCUAGAAAAAGCAGCAUACCCAACAACAAAGAAAUUCCUUCUCAUCAUCCCACAGAUCCUGUGGAAUUGCGACGCCUUAAUUUUCAAACUCCUGGUUCAGGUGUCUCCGGUUACACUGGUAACCUUCAUUCUUCAAGUAUGGCUAGCCAUCCUCCAAUACCUAUCUUGGAGCUUGCAGAUCACAUUGAAAGACUAAAAGCCAAUGACAAUUUGAAGUUCUCACAAGAAUAUGAGUCAAUUGAUCCUGGCCAGCAGUUCACGUGGGAGCAUUCUAACCUGGAAGUAAACAAACCAAAGAAUAGAUAUGCCAAUGUAAUUGCAUAUGACCAUUCUCGUGUUCUACUCUCAGCUAUAGAAGGCAUACCAGGAAGUGACUACAUCAAUGCCAAUUAUAUAGAUGGUUAUAGAAAGCAGAAUGCCUAUAUAGCAACUCAAGGGUCUCUCCCAGAAACCUUUGGAGAUUUCUGGAGAAUGAUGUGGGAGCAACGGGGUGCAACUGUUGUCAUGAUGACAAAACUGGAGGAAAGGUCCAGGGUGAAAUGUGAUCAGUAUUGGCCAAGCAGAGGAACAGAGACAUAUGGACUAAUCCAAGUGACUCUACUAGACACUGUUGAAUUGGCAACAUACUGUGUUCGAACAUUUGCACUUUACAAGAAUGGUUCAAGUGAGAAAAGAGAAGUGAGGCAGUUCCAGUUCACUGCCUGGCCUGACCAUGGAGUUCCAGAACAUCCUACACCGUUCCUAGCUUUCUUACGACGAGUCAAAACCUGUAACCCUCCGGAUGCUGGACCUAUGGUUGUUCACUGCAGUGCUGGAGUUGGCAGGACUGGCUGUUUCAUUGUAAUAGAUGCCAUGUUAGAGAGAAUAAAGCAUGAAAAGACUGUAGAUAUUUAUGGCCACGUAACUCUAAUGAGAGCUCAGAGGAAUUACAUGGUUCAAACGGAGGACCAAUACAUCUUUAUCCAUGAUGCACUGCUGGAAGCAGUGACAUGUGGAAAUACUGAAGUGCCAGCCAGAAACCUGUAUGCAUAUAUUCAGAAGCUGACACAGAUUGAAACAGGAGAGAAUGUCACAGGAAUGGAACUGGAAUUCAAGCGUCUAGCUAGCUCUAAAGCUCACACUUCAAGAUUCAUCAGUGCCAAUCUUCCAUGUAAUAAAUUCAAAAAUCGCCUUGUCAAUAUUAUGCCAUAUGAGUCUACGAGGGUAUGCUUGCAGCCAAUCCGAGGAGUAGAAGGCUCUGAUUAUAUCAACGCCAGUUUUAUUGAUGGAUACAGACAACAAAAAGCCUACAUAGCUACACAGGGACCCUUAGCAGAGACAACUGAAGAUUUCUGGAGAAUGCUUUGGGAGCACAAUUCCACAAUUGUAGUCAUGCUUACUAAACUACGAGAAAUGGGCCGAGAAAAAUGCCAUCAGUACUGGCCUGCAGAGCGUUCAGCCAGAUAUCAAUACUUUGUGGUGGAUCCUAUGGCAGAGUAUAACAUGCCACAGUAUAUUCUAAGGGAAUUCAAGGUCACAGAUGCCAGGGAUGGCCAGUCCCGAACAGUGCGGCAGUUCCAGUUCACUGACUGGCCAGAACAAGGAGUGCCAAAGUCUGGAGAGGGAUUUAUUGACUUCAUAGGCCAAGUACAUAAAACAAAGGAGCAGUUUGGUCAGGAUGGGCCAAUCUCUGUUCAUUGUAGUGCAGGCGUUGGGAGGACUGGAGUAUUCAUAACCCUGAGUAUCGUUUUGGAAAGAAUGAGAUAUGAGGGUGUUGUAGAUAUCUUCCAGACUGUCAAAAUGUUAAGGACACAACGGCCAGCCAUGGUACAGACAGAGGAUCAAUAUCAGUUUUGCUAUCGAGCCGCACUAGAAUAUCUGGGCAGCUUUGAUCACUAUGCAACGUAAAAACCCCUGUCCCAUCCUGGAUUUUUACUGCAGGCCCUUUAAGAUCCAGAGAGCCUCUUCUGAGCCAUACAGUGUGCUUGAGAAGUACUUCUUAACUCCUAGCUAAAGACCAAUUAGUGGGAAUAUUAAAAACAAAAAUGAAACAAAACAAAAACAAAAACUAUUCCAGGUGGACCAAGAAUUCACAGUUUAAUAACCUAACCUGAAACAUCAUAAAAGAAUCCUGACUGGUGAGGCAUCUGAAGGAUCUCAUUUACAGAUACCUCAAGGAUUCCAACGUUGGUUGAAAUUAAAGGGAAGAGGAAAUUAUUGCAAAGAACCACCAUCUUGUUCGGGAUUGCAUGAUUGUUGCAAAGAUGAAUUUUGAGGGUACUGCAAUUCAGUGCAAGAUGUUUGUCAAAAGACCGGUACCUGGCUUCUUAACACAAAAUGGACUCUUUGCUUCAACAUCACCCCUUCCCACCAUAAUGCUCAUAACAACACUAGGGAUAAUGGGGGAAUGUUUAAAAAGAAAGUCCUUGAUUUAGUUUUUUAGUAUUGUAAAGAUACUGCUGACCUGUGCUUCAUUUUUAACUGUGUAAACUUUUUCCUUUUUUUAACAAGAGUUUAUCAUUCAAUGAAGUGAAUUAAAAGAAAAGGUUGCAUAACUGUUCAUUUUUUUGUUUCAGAAUUGUAGAUUUUUUUAAGCUGUAGAACUGUUAUCUGUAAUAUCUUGCUGUAGAAAUGUUAAAUAAUUUGAAAAUUUGCACAUUUUUGUGCAGUCCUAUAUUUAUCUACAGUACCACAUUCUUGUUAGAUAUUACUUUUACAGUUUUGUUUAAUUUCUUUUUUUUUAAGGAAAUAUUCAUUGUAAUUAGUUAAUCAAAGUGGGGCUUUUUGGUUUCUUUUGGAAUCAACAGGGAGGCGCAAAGUAUAAAGCUGCUGCUAAUACAAACACACACACACAAACACACACUUCUCUCUCUUUCUAUAUGUAUAUGUUUAAUUGUCUAUCCAUAUCUAUCUUUCUAUAUAGCUAGAGAUACAGACAGAUAGAUAUACACGCACAUACACAUAAAUACGUAGAAACGUAUCAGUUCUUCCAUAAGUUGGAUUCACUGAAGAGGUGGGAAAGUUUUCCAUCAUACUACAUUCAGGCUAUACAGUAGUUUUGAACGUCUCUGUAUUUCCAAAGUCCAUAUCUUUUUUGUUUAAAAGGGAAAUGAGGAAUGCACAUCAGUGAUAUUUGAACCUCACUACUACCCCCCCAUAUAUACACUCUCUCUCAUACACACGCACACGCACAGACACAUACACACACAAACACGUAGAGACAGUAUGUGGCUAAGGCUUCCAAUAAAGUUCAAUAUUUGUAACACUAUAGUGCAAUAAUUAUCAUUAAAUAUAAGAGGUGUGCAUGAGGGAAAGGACAGUGCAUAUCCCUUUAGGUGGGGAGAAUGUUGUAAUAUACUAGCUAUCAAAAAGAGUAAGAAGUGUAUUCAAUAGUAUAUUGUCUAUAUUAUGUGCUAUGAAAUUUACAUUUAUUAUAACUAAUGGGGCAAAGCCAAGCCCACAUUUCUGUGUUAAAUCAGAAACAUUUUGUGGCAUACAGAGCAUUAAUUGAAGAUGCUGAUUUUUAUUUUUAUUUUGCAUUUAGAGUGCCUUAUAUUUGAUGCCUAUUUUGAUAACAUUUCUUUAAGUUUGCUUUUGUCUGUAUUUACCUUAGUUAAUUCAUAUUGAUUACUCUUUUCAAUUAAAGUAUCAUCCUUUUAGCACAUGUACAGAAACACUUUGAAUAAUACGCAUUCCUAGUUUUUAACCAAGUAUGGGAUAUUUAUAAAACCUAGCCCAGAACACUUGGGUAGUCAGGGCUCUUUAAUUCUCCAUAAUUCCAACAACAGACAAGCCCACUACUUUAAGAUCCCUUCCAAAUUAGCUCUCAGAGUUGAUGGUGACAGUAUCACUAUUGAGGAAAUGUAGGGCUGCACUAGUAGAAGUAGUUGUUAGCAGUACUCAUACAUCAUUUUGUUCAUAUGGGGCCAAUGCCCGCUCAUUUUAGCCCAUGCCAGUAAUCCCUUUGGAAUGAUACUGUUGCUUUCAGUGGGACUUCCUGUAUGAGUAAGGCAAGAUUUGGUCCUCAGGACGUCCUAAAAAGACUUUAGAUUUCUCAUUUGGGAGAAAGCAUUCUUUAAACAGCACAAAAUAUUGUCUGAGAUUCUUUAUAGGAAGUCAUUGUCAGUAGCCCUGGUCUCUGUCAUGCCUUGUACCGUGUUAGAGCACAAAUAUCAAAGGAACCCUUUCUUCAAGGUUUCAGAUAAGAUGACCAGGUAUAGUUCAGCAGUGUUAGAAUAACUUACCAGAUUGUUUUUGUUUCUUCCACAUUUCCCAUCACUAGCAGAAAGAUAUAUAUGAAAGACCAAACACUAGCAAGCAUUGUAUUUGAGCACUUUUGUAAAAAAAUAAAAUAAAAUAAAAAAACACAAAACAAAUAUAAAUAUAUAUAUAAUAAUAAAAGUAUUAUAGAAGGCUACCUCAGAAUGAGAUUCUGUAACUUACAUCAGAACCAGAGAAGAAUGUGCACUAUGUUUCUUUUGUUUUCUUUUUGAUUUGUAUCUUUAGGAGAAUUAUUAAAGUGCCAGAUUACGUAGUGCAGUUGCGUUCUUUUAGCCAAAUAUAGGGAGUCAGACAGACACACCAUUAAAUAGCACCAUUUUUGAAGAAUAGACUAGGGAAGACAAUUGCACACCAGAGCUGUUAACAGAUCUCAGCUUUCUCUCCAGUUAGUUUUUGCAAAUUCUAGGAACGAGAGAGAGAGAGAGAGAGAGAGAGAGAGAGACAUAGUGAAGUGGGGGAAAGACCUGUGAGACAGAUAGGACUGAUGCUGUUCUAGUAAUUUCACUGUUCAGGAGUUGUCUCAAGAUAACUGUUAGCAUCAUUGAUGUGCAUUCCACUUCCUGUAUUCUUAUGUAUAGUCAUCCUAUAAUUAUUUUAAGGAGUAAGCAUUUUUAUCUGCAUUUACCAUAAAGUUCCAAGCUUAGAAUUGGUUUCAUCAGCAUAACCCGUACGGUGCUAUUAUUUACCUAUGUAUGUGUAGUUAUGUAUAAUUUUGUAAUUAGUUACAAUGGGAAAAAACUCAAAAUAUAUAAAAAUGAUUUGUACAGAACUUUAUUUUAGCUCUUUUUUUAAAAUGAUUUGCAUGGUUAGACAACCGAGAGGAUGGCUGGGGGAAGGGAGGGGCCCUCUAGGGAGAUUUGCACUUUCUAUACCUUUGUACUAUGCACUGCCCUAUUGAUUCUACACCCAAUAAUGUUAUUACUUGAACCCAUCUGUAAGAAACUGCUUAUGAAAAUCCACUUGUGUGUAUGUAAAUAACACAGAACAUGUAAAAAGGAAAAAAAAGUUUGCAACAACAAAAAAUGCAGCUACUUUUUUCCUUUUCUACCUUCCCCCCCCCCCUUUUUUUUUUCCUCUCUUUCUUUUUUUCUUUUCUUUCUUUUUGGUGCCCUGAUACUCUGGCAGAUAUCAGAAGGCUACAGGUCCCGUCAUAACCAUCUGUUACGUGGCUUUGCCAUUCAAGCUUGGAGUGUCUUUACAAAGAUAAUCAAAGUUGUGUUCUUGGCUCUUGUUUUGGAUGCAUAGACUGAAAAAAAAAAUUAAAAAUACCUUGUAAAAUGGCUUGUUAAAAAAAAUACAAUUACCUCUAAUUAGUAGUACGCGUAAAUGUUUUACAGAAUGAAAGGCGUGCUUUUUAUUUUCUUACUUCGUUACAUUGGUGGCGAAAGAAAGUCUGUAUGAAAAUCAGUUCUUUGCUGACACAAGUUCCAUUUGUUACAAAUGAAUUCUAAUAAAAAUGUCAGUGUUAUGCA